CACGUAUUAAUGUGCACAAAGUACGUGGGUCUGUUGACAUUCAGGGAUGUGGCCAUAGAAUUCUCUCAGGAGGAGUGGAAAUGCCUGGACCCUGCUCAGAGGACUCUAUACAGGGACGUGAUGUUGGAGAAUUAUAGGAACCUGGUCUCCCUGGAUACCUCUUCCAAAUGCAUGAUGACUACAUUGUCAUCAACAGGGCAAGGCAAUACAGAAGUGUUCCACACAGGGACAUUGCAAAGACAAGCAAGUUAUCGUAUUGGAGCAUUUUGCUCCCAGGAAAUUGAGAAAGACAUUCAUGACUUUGUGUUUCAGUGGCAAGAAGAUGAAACAAAUGACCAUGAAGCACCCAUGACAGAAAUAAAAAAGUUGACUGGUAGUACAGACCGAUGUGAUCAAAGGCAUGCUGGAAACAAGCCUAUUAAAGAUCAGCUUGGAUCGAGAUUUCAUUUGCAUCUGCGAAGACAUAGGAGAAUUCACACUGGAGAGAAACCUUACAAAUGUGAAGAAUGUGAGAAAGUUUUCAGUUGCAAAUCACAUCUUGAAAUACAUAGGAUAAUUCAUACUGGAGAGAAACCAUACAAAUGUAAGGUUUGUGACAAGGCUUUCCGGAGUGAUUCACGCCUUGCAGAACAUCAGAGAGUUCAUACUGGAGAGAGACCUUACACAUGUAAUGAAUGUUGCAAGGUUUUUAGUACAAAAGCAUACCUUGCAUGUCAUCAAAAACUUCAUACUGGAGAGAAACUUUACGAAUGUGAGGAAUGUGACAAAGUUUACAUUCGCAAAUCACACCUUGAAAGACAUAGGAGAAUUCAUACAGGAGAGAAACCUCACAAGUGUGAUGAUUGUGGCAAAGCCUUUAAUUCACCUUCACACCUUAUUAGGCAUCAGAGAAUCCAUACUGGACAGAAAUCUUACAAAUGUCAUCAGUGUGGCAAGGUCUUCAGUCUGAGGUCACUGCUUGCAGAACAUCAGAAAAUUCCUUUUGGAGACAGUUGUUUCAAAUGCAUAUAGCAAACCAUCAAGCAUUAAUUGACAUUAGAGUCAAAUCAGCAUUGACCUGAGUUUGAGUUGACUUAACACUGAUUUGAAGCAUUAAUUGACAUUAAACUGUUUAUGUUAAGAGGAUUGGGCCGGGCAUGGUGUCUCACACCUGUAAUCCCAGCACUUUGAGAGGCCAAGACAGGUAGGUCACUUGAAGUCAUGAAUUUGAGACCAGCCUGGCCAACAGACGGGAGCCACUUUUCCCAGCCUGUAUGUUCUUUUAUUUAUUUAUUUGUUUUAAGAUGGAAUCUUGCUCCGUCACCCACAUUGGAGUGCAGCGAUGUGAUCUCGGUUCACUGCAACCUUCACCUCCCAGGUUCAUGUGAUUCUCCUGCCUGAGUCUCAUGAGUAGCUGGGACUACAGGUGCAUGCCACCAUGCCUGAGUAAUGUUUUGUAUUUUUAGUAGAGACUGGGUUUCACCAUGUUAGCUAGGAUGGUCUCAAUCUUCUGACCUUAUGAUCCACCUGCCUCCACCUGCCAAAGUGCUGAGAUUACAGGUGUGAGCCACCACGCCUGGCCUGUUUUUGGUUUCUUUAACAAAAAGUUAUAGAAAUUUCUCUGGGUAUUGUUUUGAUUCUACAUCACAUUCGGUUAUAUAAUCAUUUAGCAAUAUUAUUCCAUUCAGUAUAGCUUGUAUCUCUUAUUUGUACAUGUUUUUAAUCAUUUUGAUCAAUGUUUGUAGAUUUGACGGUAGAAACUUCUCACCUUUUUACGUUUACUCCUAAGUAUUUCUUACUUUAAGUUCUUUAGCAAAUGAAAGUGUUUUUUAAUUUUCUUUUUAAAUUGUUUAUUGUUAAUGUAUGGAAAUUCAACUAAUUUUUGGUGCUGUUACUCUAUUCUGCAAAUCCACUGCGUAUGUUUAUUAGCUCCAGUUGCAUUUUGGUUGACUCUUCAUGAUUUUCUACACAGAUCAUGUCAUCUACAAACAAAUAGAAUUUUACUUCUUUCUUUCUGAUUUGGAUGAGUUUGAUUUCUUUUGCUAUUUCAUUGCUCUGGCUAGGACAGCCAGUAUUGAUUGAAUAGAAAGGGUGAGAGCAUUCUUGCAUCAUGUGAGAUCCUACAGGAAAAGCAUUCCAUUUUCCAUGAUUGGUUAUUUCUGCUGUGGUCAUUUCAUGGAUGGUCUUUGUAUUGUUGAGGUAAAUUUCCUUCUCUUUCUAUUUUGUUUAGGAUUUCCAUGAUGACUGUAUGUUGAAUUUUGUGAAAUGCUUUUUCUCCAUGUAUUGAGAUGAUGCGGUUUUUAUCUUCAAUUCUGUCAAGUGGUAUAUCACAUUGAUUUGCUUGACUGUGUUGAACCAUUUUGCAUCCCAGAAAUAAGUGGCACUUGCAUAUCAACAAUCCUUUUUAUAACCUCUUGAAUACAGUUCGCUAGUACAAGGGGUCUUCAGGAAGUUCAUGGAAAAAUACAUAUUAUGAGAAAAUUGCGCAUGAUGUUACAUUUUUUGCACCAAGAUAAAGUGGUACAAAUCUGUUAUAACAUGUCUGAACAGGGCCUGGUUUGAGGCACUCAGAUGGGUAAGACAUGAGUUUGAAAAGAGACUCAAUCAAAGCAACGUAAAUUCUGCUAAAAUUGAAACAAGAAGAAACAUCAAAUUUACGAUGAGACCAGAUGCAGUGGCUGAGGCCUGUAAUCCCAGCACUUUCAGAGGCCGAGAUAGGUGGGUCACGUGAGCCCCAGUACUCAAGACCAGCCUGGGCAGAAUGGUGAAACCACCUUUUCUACAAAAAAUACAUAAAUUAGCUGGGCAUGGUGCACAUGCCUGCUGGUUCAGCUUCUGUGGAGACUGCAGUGGGAAGAUGGCUUGAGCCUGGGAGUUUGAGGCUGCAGGGAGCCAUGAUCCUGCCACUGUACUCCAGCAUAGGUGACAGAGACAGAUAGUGUAUCAAAAAAUGAAUUUGGUAAAGUUUGGGUAGAGGAAUCAUGAAAUCAUUGAUGCUUUAUGAAAUGGUUAUGGGGACGAUGCCCAAAAGAAAUCACCAGUUUGUAAAUGGAAAACUUAUUUUGAGACAAGACAAUGUUGAAAGUGAUGGACAGGACAGGCACAGUGGCACACACCUGUAAUCCCAGCACUUUGGGAGCCCGAGGCGGGAGCAUCACGAGGUCAGGAGAUCGAGACCAUCCUGUCUAACAUGGUGAAACCCCGUCUCUACUAAAAAUACAAAAAAUUAGCCGGGCGUGGUUGUGGGCACCUGUAGUCCCAGCUACUCAGGAGGCUGAGGCAGGAGAAUGGUGUGAACCCAGGAGGUGGAGCUCGCAGUGAGCAGAGAUCAUGCUACUGCACUCCAGCCUGGGCGACAGAGCGAGACUCUGUCUCAAAAAAAAAUAAAAUAAAAUAAAGAAAAGUGAUGCACAGAAUGGCAGGCAGACCAUCCACAUCAGUUUUAUAGGUACAACUGUCAAAGAAGGCAUUGGAGAAGAGCCAAGCUGGGUCUAUAAGGAAUUGCACAUGAGAUGGCACACAUGUUCAUGCUGUCUGAAGAUUCAGUCAUGUUACCAUAUCAAGCUGAAAAUGUCACCACUAUCUGGAGAGUUGGACAUGUUUUAUUGAGACUGUAUUUUUUCUCUCUGGAUCUGUUAUGAACACCUUUGUUGGCUUGGUUCAGUAAUAAAUAUGUGAGACUUUUCAUUUAAAAAAGUCAAAUGACUUAAUUCUGUAGAGUAUUUUAAAUUCUGGUUUGUUUGUUUUGUUUUUUUGAGAUGGACUCUUCUGAAAAUUUUCUCCUCUAACCUGGUUCAUGACAGACCCUUGGACUUUACUGUUGUGGAAAGAUCUAUAUGAAACAGUAUCAGUGUGUCAAAGCAUUAUGGCUGCCACAAGCUUGUGAAAGGAAAAUAAAAAUUAAGCCAAAGAGAAAAGUCAAUCUGGGCACUGCGUCAGACAAACCUGCCUUCCAUUUUAUUCCUAAACAAGAUAGCUACAAAGAUUUUUUAAAAAUCUACAUAUGCCCCUCCCAAACUGGGAGCCUCAAGAUCUCCACCCUAAAAUAGUUCUGUUGAAUUUCACCCUGGCGAUGUAAACUGAGCGCUUAUCUUCACAGGUGUGGGACAGAACCCAUCCCUCUGCACACCUGAGUCAAAUGUCUAUCUGAUUGCUUCCCCUGCCCUAUUGUUUGUGUAAAAAUGUAGGGUCACUGAGCCAGCCUAAGGCAUAAGUGACUUAUUCCUCCUCCCCCUCACAUAUAAAUUGUGUAUUUAGCAAAAGGCUGAUCAAAGACUCAAAGAAUGUUAUUAUUUGUUAUCUACCUGUUACCCAGAAGGUCCCCAAUUCCAGUUAUUCCACCUUUCCAGAACAGACCAAUGUAUAUAUGUACUGAUUGCUGUCUUGUGUGCCUGUAAAAUGUGUGAAACCAAACUGCAACCUCAAUACCAUGGGCACACGUCGUCAGGACCUCCUGAGGUUUGUGUUAAUUGGCCUUAGACUCCCCCUGUCCCCAGACCCAGGAUGCAUGUGUUUCCUUUUUCUUCAUUUCUAUUAAAGAUGGGUCUCAUUCUGUUGCCCAGGCGUGAGAGCAGUGACAGGAUCAAUGCUCACUGAAGUUUCAGUCUCCUGGGUUCAAGGGAUCCUCCCACCUCAGCCUCCAAAGUCGCUAGGACCACAGCCGGGUGCCACAGCACCGGGCGAAUUUUUGUGUUCCUUGUAGAGAUGGGCUUUCACCAUGUUGCCCAAGCUGGUCUUGAAUUCCAGGGCUCAAGCGAUCCAGUUGUAUUGGCCUCCCAAGGUGCUGGGAUUACAGCCAUGAGCCACCAUGACCAAAGUGUUUCUUUAUUAAAAAAAAAAAAAAAAUAGACCAGGUGCUGUGGCUCAUGCCUGUAAUCCCAGCACUUUGGGAGGCCAAGGUGGGCAGAUCACCUGAGAUCAAGUAUUUGAGAACAGCCUGGCUAACACGGUGAAUCCUCAUUUUGACUAAAAUAUAGAAAUUAGCUUGGUGUGGUGGGGAGUGCCUGUAAUCCCAGCUACUCGGGAGGCUGAGGCAGAAGAAUGGCUUGAAUUUGGGAGGCAGAGGUUGCGGUGAGCUGAGAUCCUGCAACUGCACUCCCGCUGGGCAAGAGCGAGACUCUGUCUCUAAAAUAAAAUUAAAAUAAUAUAAAAAACUGCUUCUCAUAAAAGCUUUGGUAUAAUCUUACGAGGUCACAUCAUUGUUUUCCAACUAUGAUAUGUGUUCAAAAUGUUCUGUGACCCCACAUUUCAUUAGAUAUAUUUUUUAACCAUUUUAAAAUUGUUUUUCUCUGAAAUUUAUUGUGUUUAGUUUACAUUGAGGACUGCAUGCUUUCUAGUCUAUAUCAUACAUUGGAAACAUUUUCUGGUACCUGAUAAAUGAUUUUAGGUUGUUUCGAUGUGUACUUGAUAAAGAUAUCAAGGAACUUUUUCUUUAUGCUAACAUCAAAAUUUAGUUGAAGUA